AAAUAAGUCCCCUAGGAGAGAAAGUCAAUUUCAAAAGCGUGAAGGUUUAAAACAAUGGGCUUGUUUUGCAUCGUUGUGACUUUUAUCGGGGCAUUUUUGUGUUGUGAAGGCCGCUAUUUUCGACCAUUCCCUAUUUCUUCGGAGCCUCAGUCUGUCUUUGAUGCCGUAGAAAGCAACACAGAUCUGCAGUAUAAUGACAACAUCCACGGGGUAACAGCCAUUCGCGAUGUUGACCUUAGGUCAUGUUAUGUAAAAGAGUAUGACCCUGACUGGAGGCUGGACCAGAAUAGCAAGGCUGUCAUCAUGCGAGCCAUGGAACCAAAAAUCAUGCGGGACGAUGUCGUACUCGCACACUUCAUCAGACGUGUUGGUCCAAUUGUUGGGAAACUCUGCAAGACCAGUAAAAUCUACGAUGUUGAAUCAGCGGAGGUAGAGAGAAUAACAGGCGACUCUUCUCUGUUUGCUGUUCCUCCCCGUCCUCACCCAGAUGUACCGGUACCCCCCAAAAUCUAUUUCGACAGUGGAGAACAACCAAUCCGCAGGCCAUUUAAAAUUCCUACCAAAAAACCUCAAUUCCUGGGACACCGAGAACAAGGAAUUUUCAAAGUACCCACCAAAAUACCAGGUGGUUCCCAACAACGACCAGUGGUGCAUAGGCCCCAGGAUCUUUCAGUUUCGCCGGGCUCUGUGCAUAAUCCUUUAACCUUUCCUAAACCUUUCCAACAGGGUAUUCCCCAGCUAAAACAUCGUGGACAUAAAUAACUUCGGAAGAGCGUUGUUCCUGUACCCAUACGACAGGAGGCAUCUUAGAGAUCAGAUGAGUAGAGACCUUUGAAGAAACACAAAGAGGACUGUCACAUAUAUUACGUAUCUAGUAUCCUGUUUUUUUUAUCAAAUGUCAGUAACGCUAUCUUCAAUAUCUUUAUCUUUGCACAAUGUAAUUGUUGAUGAUUUUACCCCUAAAAUAAAUAUUGUUACAUA